AGCUAUAGUUCCUUCUCAAGGAGCUAGUUUCAUUAGAGUAGUCCACUUUGUUCUUGCAAAAUGGUGUCAUCAACCAGCUUGAGGCUGUCAACGGUUGUUCCAGCUACAAGGAUAGGUGAUGAAAACAGGGUCCAUGAGGUCACCAACAUAGACUUGGCCAUGAAGCUUCACUACAUCAAAGGGGUCUACUUCUUCAAGAAUGAGGCAGUUGAGGGGCUUACAAUUUAUGACUUGAAGAAACCUAUGUUCCAGCUCCUGCAGCUCUACUUCACUGCCUCCGGGAGGAUCCGGAGAUCCAAAACUGGAAUGCCGUUCAUCAAGUGUAACGACAGCGGUGUAAGAAUUGUAGAAGCGCAUUAUGAAGAAACGGUUGAUGAAUGGUCUGCCAGGGCCAUGGAUGACUCUUCUCUCUUUGAUGGUCUUGCUUAUAAUCAAGCCCUUGGUCCUGAUCUUGGUUACUCUCCUUUGGUCUUUUUACAUUCACUUGGUUUAAAAUGUGGAGGAAUGGCAGUGGGACUUAGCUGGGCCAACGUCCUUAGAGAUGCAUUUUCUGCCUCAGCCUUCAUGAACAUGUGGGGGAAGAUCAUCGCAGGUCAAGUGCCGUGGAAGCUCCUUCACGUGCCACUUCCCGGAAAACCUGAAUCCCCAUCACUUUCUUCAGUACCCGAAACACCUUUUUCUGUGAAAAGGGUAGAUCCAGUUGGUGAUUUCUGGGUGACACCUAACAAGUAAAGGAUGAGAAAACACAUUUUUCAUGUUUUUGCAGAGAAGCUUGAUCAUUUGGUCUCCAACAUUUCUUGUCCUCCAAGCAAGCAAUCAGCCAAAGUCUCCUCGGCUUUUGAAGUUCUCUCUGCCAUUAUAUGAGGGAAUUGUACGAAAAAUGUGCAUAAAGGGGAAUUUGGAGUUCUGAGUAAUGACAUAGUGUGGAGCACGGUUGCGGCAGAUUUCUUGGUUGCGGAAGCUGAAGUGUCAGAUUUGGUAGAGCUGAUUGUGAAAAAAGGGGCAGAAGAGAAUGGUGCAAUUGAGGAGACGGCAAGGAGGGAGGAGGGCGGGAGUAAUUCGGACUUCAUAGCUUACGGAGCAAAGCUUACAUUCGUGAACUUGGAAGAGGCAGAGAUUUAUGGGCUUGAAUUGAAGGGACAAAAACCAGUUUAUGCAAGUUAUGGUAUUAGUGGGGUUGGUGAUGAAGGGCUGGUUUUGGUGCUUCCGGCGAGUACUAAUAAUGUCGGUCGAUUAUUGAGUGUGGUCCGGCCUGAAAAUCAACUAACACAGCUCAAAAGUGAGCUCCAAAGGAAUUGGAGUAUUGCUUGA